CAGCUAGGAGGCAGACCCAAGGUGGUCCUUACUUAGGAAGACCCCAAUUUGUGGGAAUUGUGUACAUGCAACACCUGCGUGUCCUUUGGGUGGUAUACCAGCCAGGUCACCCUGAAUUAAGCCCGUCCCCAUUCUGCAACAGGGCACCUGGAAUGGGCUGUGUGUUUUGCAAGAAGUUGGAGCCUGCAUCCAAGGAGGAUGUUGGCCUGGAAGGGGACUUCAGGAGCCAAGCGCCUGAAGAACGAUAUUAUCCUGACCCGACUCAAGGCCAAGGCCGGUCGCAGACCUUCUCUCCUCAGCCUACCAGCCCAGCUUUCCUUAGUGCUGGCACCAUGAGGUGCAUCUCAGGGACUGGAGUGACCAUGUUCGUCGCCCUGUAUGACUAUGAGGCCAGGACAAGGGAUGACUUAUCCUUCAUCAAAGGCGAGAAGUUCCACAUCCUGAACAAUACUGAAGGAGACUGGUGGGAGGCUCGGUCCCUGAGCUCCGGACACACUGGCUACAUUCCCAGCAACUAUGUGGCUCCUGUGGAUUCCAUCCAGGCUGAAGAGUGGUACUUUGGAAAGAUCAGCAGGAAGGAUGCAGAGAGGCAGCUUCUCUCAGCUGGCAACCCUCAGGGGGCCUUCCUCAUUCGGGAGAGUGAAACAACCAAAGGUGCCUACUCCCUGUCCAUCCGUGACUGGGACCAGAACAGAGGUGACCACAUAAAGCAUUAUAAGAUCCGAAAGCUGGAUACCGGUGGCUACUACAUCACUACACGGGCCCAGUUCGAAUCCGUGCAGGACCUGGUGCGGCACUACAUGGAAGUGAAUGAUGGUCUGUGCUACUUGCUCACGGCGCCCUGUACCACCAUGAAGCCCCAGACGCUGGGCCUGGCCAAGGAUGCCUGGGAGAUCAACCGCAGCUCCAUAGCGCUUGAACGCAGGCUGGGCACCGGCUGCUUUGGAGACGUGUGGCUGGGCACGUGGAACUGCAGCACAAAGGUGGCGGUGAAGACGCUGAAGCCCGGCACCAUGUCCCCGAAGGCCUUCCUGGAGGAGGCACAGAUCAUGAAGCUGCUGAGGCACGACAAGCUGGUGCAGCUGUACGCGGUGGUGUCGGAGGAGCCCAUUUAUAUUGUGACAGAGUUUAUGAGCCACGGUAGCUUGCUGGAUUUCCUAAAGGAUCGAGGACGCCAGAACUUGAGGCUGCCCCAUCUAGUGGACAUGGCCGCCCAGGUAGCUGAGGGCAUGGCCUACAUGGAGCGUAUGAACUACAUCCACCGAGACUUGAGAGCAGCCAACAUCCUGGUGGGGGAACAGCUAAUAUGCAAGAUCGCAGACUUCGGGCUGGCGCGCCUCAUAGAGGAUAAUGAGUACAACCCCCGCCAAGGGACCAAGUUCCCCAUCAAGUGGACAGCCCCAGAGGCCGCCCUCUUUGGCAGAUUCACUGUCAAGUCAGAUGUGUGGUCCUUUGGGAUUCUGCUCACUGAACUGAUCACCAAGGGCCGAGUUCCUUACCCAGGCAUGAACAACCGGGAAGUGUUGGAACAGGUAGAGCAUGGCUACCACAUGCCGUGCCCUCCGGGCUGCCCAGCGUCCCUGUAUGAAGUCAUGGAGCAGACCUGGCGCCUGGAUCCAGAGGAGAGGCCCACCUUUGAGUACCUACAGUCUUUCCUGGAAGACUAUUUUACCUCCACAGAACCACAGUACCAGCCUGGGGACCAGACAUAGCCCAGCUGGGCAUCAGUGACCUUCUGGGAGUAUCUACUUGCUCUUGCAAACUCCAGGGCUUUCUGUUCCCAGUGCCCCAGACUUGGAACCCUGUGGAAUCUGAGAACUCAAAAAGCUGAAGCCAUUUUAUAGAUGGGGCAAAUGGAGGCUAGGAUCUCAUCUCUUGCCUUCUCUGACCCCAACCACUCCCUCUUCCCUUCUAAAAAUCUAGGGCACCCACUCAUGUUGCAGAUGGAGUGAAUGGAUGCUCAGAACUCAUCUCUCGAACAGUCUGACCGCAGGCACCAUUCUCCCUGUCCCACUAGGCUCCUACAUGCUGUUAGCCUCUCCUUCCAUCUCCUAAAAAUACUCAUACUUUGUCUAGUUAUUUAUAAAACUGUAUUUCCCUUCCUUCACUUAUCUCUUAUUCCUGCUCUCCUACUUCUUGUCAACCUGCUCCAGUCCAGGGUCUAAGAAUUUAAUUACUGUUCUCUGUUCUUUUGGAUUUCUCAAAGUUACAACGGCAGGGAAUGUCUUUGCUUGAUUCGCUUCCUGCAGACUGGAUGCGAAUGGUCCAGGUCCGGGCCUGAGGGAGUGAGCUGAUGAAGGCUCACCACCUCUCUGAAUAAUGUGUAUGUGUUAUUCAUUAUGUAAGUAAGAACAAUGAUGAUGUGAACAUUGAGCCAUGAAAAUUCCCUGAGCCAUCUUUGGGAAGGGACGGUGCUCUACAGGCGGUGAACGGAUAGAUUUGGCGGGCAGUGAGGAGUUCCCUCUUGCCUACUAAGUUCUAGGUACCCAGUGCAUGGAGUUUCACAGUCAGUUUACCAUGAGUUGAGAAACACAGAAAACAGGCAAUUGGAAAUAGAUGAAUGUGGCUUUGAAUCUGUGUACAGUUAACUCAUGUCAGUCAUUUCCCACCCAUCACACACAGGCACACUGGGACAGUGUCUUAGUUAAGGUUUUUAUUGCUGUGA